AUGAAUAUCAUGAAAACAUUUCUUCUCGGAGUAGCUGUAGAGCUCGUUUUCGCAAGCUUUGUCUGUUUGGCAAGCGCAAACCUUGGCCCUCUCGGUCAAGGAUUUUAUUUACCUUCCAGUGACAUACUCGGAGAUUAUGAGGCUGGAACAACCAUCUUCAGUACCAUUAAACCAUCGUGUGUAAAAGACGUGGAGAGGCCAGUGACCAGACAGGAUAGGACGUUCUUUCAGUCAUCGGAAUCUUUUUAUCAGUACGUAUCAACACAAACCGACGUUUCCGCAAAAUUAAUUGGCUCUUUCACGAUGGGAACCACCCUAAAGGUAGUGUCGAAAUCCGUUAGCAGUAGUUCACAUGAAUCAAGUGGCUUAACAAUUGAUAUUUUCAGUAUUAAAAACGCAAAAGUUGUUUCAAGUCAAUGCCAGAACACUCUUCCGCUUUCCAAGGAGUUUCUGGAAGAUUUUUCGAAAUUGCCAGUGACCAUAGAGAACCCCAACAGCAGGAAUGACUGGCUGCCGUACCAUUCAUUUCUCGAGAAAUAUGGUUCACACAUAGUGAAGGAGAUUCAAUACGGCUCUCGUAUUCAACAGUGGAAUUUCGCCUCAUCUUCCAAAGGGUACUCCGAAAAAGAUUUCAACACACGCGCGUGCCUUGAUCUUUCGUCAAACACUGGCUCGAUGAAAGUAGCCACCUGCACUGAUUAUUCAAAGAAGCAGAUAAAGCGCGCGAAAAAAAUGACCAUGAGCGAUUUGCUCGUCGUGAAAGGAGGGACACCGGAGACAAGGGCAAAAUUACGCAAGGAACGGACAGCGGAACUAAUUGAAAAAUUUAUGCUCGAAGCGCAGAGUUCGCCUGGAAGAAUCUUGUACAAGUGGACUGGAAUUUGGAAUUUGUUAAAGCAACGGUUCAUUGGAGUGGGGAAUGACGAUCAGCUAUCUCGCGCCUUGAACAUGGAGAUAUACUACAAAGCCGUGCUUGAUUUUGGAUGCACUUUUUCUUCUAAAAGUGAUCUAAAUCUCAGGUGGUUAGAGCGAAAUACACAAUCGAAGCUACCGGAUUAUUCAUGCAUGCUUGCAGCUUUAGGUUGCCGGAGCGGGGAUGAUUGCCAUAUUGGAGGUUGGGGGUCUGUGUGUUACUGCUAUGGUAAAACAUGUGUUGACACUGAGAAGGUAAACAACCAAGACAGCAAGAUAAAGGAAAAUCGAUUCAUAAAGAAAAACAAAAAAGGUAGUUAUAAAGAAGGCGUUAACAAAAGUUGUUAUUAUCAUGCGGGCGCGACCUGUCGAUGCCAUAAAGAUUGGGACGAACCUAAGAAGGUGUGGCAAUCGAAUGACGAAUUAAAAUCUCGUGAGCUCCUAUUUGGAGUGCAUUUCAAAGUAAACGACGAGAUAAACUAUCACGGUUAACAAUACUUUUAAGCAGUUCGUUACAUGGAUUUAUUAUGAUUUGCAUGAGAACAGUAGUUGUAGAACUCCUUGUUUUGGUAGUAAGAUAAUUGCAUAUGAUAUAAAUGGAAUUAAUUGAUAUUAUUGUGUGUUAAAGAAUCAAUCAGCUUAUUGCAUGCGUCAGACAUAUAUUACUGAUGUGAAAAAAAUCU